GAGGACGAAAAGGUCGUGCAGUCAUUUGAACCCUUCAUUCCAACGAAAGCGUCACGCCAUACCGAGAUCGGAUUGCCGAGCGUGAACCUCACUUGGGCUUUUAAUUGGUUCCAUCUUCAUAUUAAAGUUUUGGAGCGGAUUGGAGUGUCAGGAUUUUCGCAUAAAUGUCUAAGUGAGUUGAGAUGGCAUGGUUUCGCAAGCGAUUCUCUUAUUAUGAAUCGCUCAUCGAACGCUGUCCAACCGAUGAGGAGCCGACGAUCAAGCUCCGUGACCGAUGAUAGUGCUCUUACUACUACUGCUGUUACCUUUGGCGAGAACGGAAUCAUGUUCGUACCUAGGCGAAUGGGCGGCUUGGAGCCGAUGGACAGAUUGUCCGACAGACUCGAGUUCCAUGAUGAAUUUCCGAACAAGGAUACGGAGUUGUCUUCAACGACCACCAGGAUGCACCGUAACGACUGCGUACACCUCGGCACCUAUUCCGAGGUCACAUAUUGUGAGGCUGCCACGACCGGCAGACCAGCAGCGCAACCAAAUCGCGCUACUCCACCACCAGAUGCAUGUUCGUUGACUGAGUCUUUAUUCUACAAUCCAGAUAACGACAAGGAUGAUAUCCACUUCGGACCUAGAGUGGCCUUGAUGAGAGCCGCUGUCUGA